AUGACAGAUGUCGUGCAAAAAGACGAGACGCGGAACGCGGUCAAAGGCAGAAUUCUUGGAGUUUUACAGAUUUUGGACCGUGCUGACGCCGCUGUCGUCGUGGAACAAGCGAUAGGAUAUGAACAAGACACCGCUGGACAGGCCAAGAUGCUGGAUCUACCUCAUAUUUUUAAGGUGAUCGAGGAGAAGAUCAUCACUUUUGUAAAGAACGAGCUGCAGAGAUUUAAGCACAGCCUUAGCCCAGACUCCAAGGAAACCUUUAACACAGUAUCAGAGGAUGAGAGUGAUGCCAGAGAAGGAGCUCUCAAGAUGACACUGCACUUCCUCCGUAAGAUGGAGCACCAGGAUCUGGCUGACGAAUUGAAUGAAAAUGAGUUGAACUUGGGUUGUCAGAUUGACUUGAAAAGAAAUCUUAAAAACAAGUACCAGAACGUAUUCGAAGGCAUAGCCGGACAGGGAGGAUCUGUUUUGCUGCAAAAGAUCUUCACAGACCUCUACAUCACAGAAGGGGGGAGUGGGAAUGUAAACAAGGAGCAUGAAGUCAGGCAGAUUGAGUCAAAAUCCAAGAGACAAGCUGGACAAGAGAAACCAAUCAAAUGUGCUGAUAUCUUUAAACCCUUAGUUAGUCAGGGAAAACCAAUCAGAAGUGUUCUCACAAAGGGGGUGGCUGGAAUUGGCAAAACUAUCUCUGUUCACAAGUACAUCCUGGACUGGGCUGAGGGAAAUGACAACCAAGAGAUCCAUUUCAUCUUCCCACUGUCCUUUCGAGAGCUCAACAUCAUACGAGACAAGGAGUGUUCUUUCAUGGAUCUUCUUCACCACUUCUUCCCAGAGCUAAAGCAGUCAACCAUUGACAGUCAGAUGAAAUAUAAUGUGCUUUUUGUCUUUGAUGGUCUGGACGAGUGUCGACUUCAACUCAACUUUCAGGGAAAUGAGAGUUUGACUGAUGUGAGAGUCAUCAAACCAUUGGAUGUCAUCUUGACAAGUCUCCUCAAGGGUAAUCUGUUCCCCUCUGCUCUACUGUGGAUAACCUCUCGACCAGCAGCAGUCGGCAAAAUCCCGCCUAAGUGUGUUGACCUGGUGACAGAAGUGCAAGGGUUCAAUGACUCUCAAAAGGAAGAGUACUUCAGGAAGAGGAUCAACGAUGGGAGUCUUGCCACCAGAAUCAUUUCACACAUUCAAUCAUCAAGGAGCCUCCACAUCAUGUGCCACAUACCUGUGUUUUGCUGGAUUGCUGCUACCGUUCUCAAGAUGAUUUAUUCCUUGGAGCACACACAGAUCCCAAAGACUUUGACAGAAAUGUACACAUACUUCCUUAUUUUACAGACCAGACAGAGCAACAUCAAAUUUGACAAUGUGCAAGACUUCAACCCUCAAUGGAACCAUAAGCUGAUCCUUCAUCUUGGAAAGCUGGCCUAUGAACAGUUGGAGAAAGGGAAUCUGAUUUUCUAUGAAGAAGACCUCAUACAGAGCGGCAUUGACGUCAAAGAAGCAGCCGUAUUUUCUGGAAUGUGCACUCAGAUCUUCCGAGAAGAAUCGGGCAUCUUUCUUGGGACGGUGUUCUGCUUUGUGCACCUCAGUAUUCAGGAGUAUCUUGCUGCUCUUUAUGCACUCUUAAUGAUGGCAGUUGAAAGGGAAGAUAUAAUAUCCACACAGUGUUCACCUACAACGGCAGAGUCCAUGAUCCUCUUGCAAAAGAGUGCUGUGGACAAAGCUUUGGCUUAUGAAGAUGGACGCUUUGACCUUUUUCUUCGUUUCCUUCUUGGCCUCUCUCUGGAAUCAAAUCAGUCUCUUCUGCGUGGCCUAUUACAGAGAAGUCAACAGGUGGACAAUUAUGAAACAGUCAGGUAUAUAAAGGACAAGAUCAGGGAUGCUUCUUCCUCAGAAAGGAUGAUCAACCUCUUCCACUGUCUGAAUGAACUCAAUGACCACUCCUUAGUGGAGGAGAUCCAGAGCUUCCUUAGUGCAGGGACACUGUCUGAAGCCCAGCUCUCAACUGGCCAGUGGUCAGCUCUAGUAUUUGUUCUACUGACAUCCGACCAGAAUCUGGAUGUGUUUGACUUGAAGAAGUACGUCAGAUCUGAUGAGGCUCUCCAGAGGCUGAAGCCAGUAAUAGAGGAAUCCCACACAACGCUGGUCAACAACUGUGGGCUCACUGAACAGAGCUGUACAACACUAGCAUAUGUCCUCUGUAAAGACUCAUCAAAGCUCAGACACCUGGAUCUCAAUGGCAAUCACAUUGGAGAUGAUGGAGUCAAGAAGCUGUGUAGUGGACUGAAGAACCCUAACUGUGCCCUGGAGACCCUGAGGCUUCAGUCCUGCCGUAUAACAGAAGAGGGCUGUGCUGCUCUGGCGUCAGCUCUGACAUCAAAUCUGUCACACCUGAAACAGCUGGAUCUGUGCAGUAAUAAACUAGGAGACAAAGGAGCUAAGCAGAUCUCUGAUCUUCUCAGAAAUCCACACUGUAGACUACAGUCACUGAGGCUUCAGUCCUGCACUAUAACGGAGGAUGGCUGUGUUGCUCUGGCUUCAGCUCUGAUACCAAACCUGUCACACCUGACAAGGCUGCAUCUGGGUUGUAAUACACUAGGGGACUCUGGUGUGAAACAGAUCUCUGAUCUUCUCAGAAAUCCAGACUGUAAACUACAAUCACUGGGGCUUGAGUCCUGCAGUAUAACAAAAGAGGGCUGUUAUGCUUUGACUUCAGCUCUGGCAUCAAACCCCUCACACCUGAUAGAGCUGUAUGUGAGUGAACUAGGAGCCUCUGGGGUUCAACAGAUCUCUGAUCUACUCAGGAAUCCAGACUGUAAACUACAGAAACUGGGGCUUAAGAGCUGCAGUAUAACAGCAGAGGGCUGUGCUGCUCUGGCUUCAGCUCUGGCUUUAAACCAAUCACAUCUGAUUCAGCUGGAUCUGGAUAAUAAUACAUUAGGAGACUCCGGUGUGAAGCAGAUCUCUGCUCUACUCAGUAAUCCAGACUGUAAACUACAGACACUGGGGUAA